AUGCCCAGCGCCACCAGCACCAAGGUUACCACGGGAGGGUCCAACCAGAGCCCCGGCCCGAAAUCCAGACCCCUGAAGGAUACAGGGGACGAGGGCGGUGCCGCAUGGGCCACUGGUGAUUUUGGAAAUUCUCUGGCCACCCCGCAGAAGUCGGAGGCCAAGGAGAGCAAGAGGUCCGCCCCGGACAGCACCAGCAAGGAGCCCGUGGAGGAGAACGAGGACAUGCCGAAGGCGCAGGAGGCCGGCGAGGCCAAAGCACCGCGCAUCAAGGGCCUGGAGACCUUUGACGGCAAGCUGGUGCCUUUUGCCGCAGGGUUCGAGAACAUGGUGCGCACGGCCCCAGUCUACAGGUCCCACCGUCUGCAUGCCAUCAACCCCACCGCCGCGGUCUCUGAUGAUGUCAGCUACCUCUACACCCUGGAUUCUGGGCGCGUCACCCCCGCCUCUGCCGCUGCCGACCCCAACUACGAUGCCGAGUUCAUCCGCAACACCACCGCGGCCAGCAAGGGCGGUCUUUUCCAGAGCCUGUUGCAGCCCAUCAAGUAG